GCGGUCGCCAAUGUCGCCGCGGGAUCGGCGCAUGGCUGGCGCAUUCUCACUUCAAACACAUUUCGACUCGAUGGCCGGACCGACGCUGCUCCGCAUCCUCGCGUGUGCCGCCACGUCCGCGGCCGUCCACGUCCAGGUGGACAUACGCGCCGGCGCCGUCAAGUCCCGCGGUGUCAACCUUGGCGGUUGGUUGGUGGCCGAGCACUGGAUGACUGCCGACGCGGGCAUUUGGAACGGGUUGCCAGGGGACGUGACAGGCCAAGGUGAGUACGCUGUCAUGCAAGCGCUCGGGCCAUACGAAGGCAACGCACGUUUCAAACGGCACUGGGAUACGUUCAUCACCGAGGACGACAUCAAGCAAAUCGCGUCCGCCGCCAAGUUGAACACGGUGCGAGUCCCCGUCGGGUACUGGAUCCAAGGAUGUGGACAUUUGACGGGCGCCCAGUGGGAAUACUGCAACAUGUUUCCCAAAGGUGGCCUUGAAUACCUGGAUACACUCGUCCGAAGCUGGGCCAAGACGCACAACGUAGCCGUGCUCGCGAGCUUGCACGGGGCUCCAGGGUCACAAAACGGUCAGGACCACAGCGGCGCCAUCUCGCCAGAGAUUUGUUGGGCCAAAUACCGUGAGAAUGUCGUUGCCACGAGAACGUUCGCCCGGUUUCUGGCGGCGCGGUAUGCAAACGACGUGGCGUUCCUGGGUCUGGGGCUUCUCAACGAGCCCGUGCCAGGAUAUACCGCCGCCAAUCCAGGCGUCGACUUUGCCACGUUGAGCCAGUACUACCACGACGUGGUCGCCGACAUUCGCGCGAUUUCGAACGACAUGCUCGUGGUCACGGCGCCGCUGUUGUACAACCAGGGUCCUGGUCCCGCCGCCGAAAACAUGGAGUCGUUCGAACCAUCCAUGACGCAUGCGUGGCACGACUGGCAUCCGUAUGUCAUUUGGGGCUACGGCGACCUGUCCGAGCACGAGUUGAUCACAGCCGCCGGCAAACGCAAGGCCGAUGUCAUCGCGUGGAAGGGCAAGCCGCUGUUCCUAGGCGAGUGGAGCCUCGUCACGCCGGGGGCGUCCUUCAGCGACAUGUCGUCGCCGCUCUUUCAACAGUUUGCGACGACAUAUCUUGGCAUGCUGCACGAGGCCAAGGGCGGUUGGACGUACUGGUCGUGGAAGAAAAGCGGCGACGAUGUCGGCAACCGAUACGACAAGUGGUCGCUGCGAUCGAUGCUCAACCUAGCCAACUCGUUGCAGAAGCAUCCUGACGAGCUCGAUGCGAUUGCCAUCUACGGCAGCGACGGACAAAGUCUGACCACAAAGCCAACGUGGCGGCUAGUCAACGACUUGACGUGGAUCAUGCAGAAUGGCCGCGCUAGUGAGUGGUGGUACAACCCCACGACGAAAACCCUCCGCAGCAAUCGCGACGACGGCCCGUGCUUGACUGCUGUCCACUCUGCCUACGUGCAAGGGUGGGCAUGUGGCUCGGGUCGCGACCAGCAGCAAUGGCUCGUUGAUUCGGAUCGCAUCCGCCUCGCCGGGACGUUCCCGCCGCUCUGUCUCGCCUCCAACCUGACAUUGUCGCCGUGCGUCGGCAACGAACCAACGCAGCGUUUUGCAAUCGGCCGCCAACACGUCGCGAUCAAGCGGCGCCAUGGCCCGUCGGUGUGGUUUCGAGCCGCCGCCGGCCAAGUCGCGGCGGUGAGUGCGCCGCCGCCGGAGUGGAUCAUCGACCAUGGCAAACUGACCGUCCAGGAUGCCGCGACCGGCAUGUGCUUGGAUGCGUUCCGCACCGACGGCAACGUGCACCUGUUUGAAUGCAGCGACGAAAACGUCAACCAAAAGUGGCUGUACGAUGCCCGAACUGCGCAGCUCCGCCACGCGACCCACGUCGGGUUUUGCCUGGACGUGUUUGACCGCCUGGACGGAACGAUGGGGUCUCACUUGUAUGGGUGCCAUGACGUCGACGACGUCGACAUUUGGAACCAGCAAUUCGACUUGGUCCCGAUCAAGACAACGUCGCCCGCGGCCGCCUAACGCGCCGUGUGAGGGCACCCGGUGGCCGAGAUGUAGACGAGUCCAUGUAGUGUGUGGUGCGUGUUGUUGAGCUGUCUUGAGGCAUUAAAAGGAUUUUUGCGGCAGGUUGGGAGGAUGCACAUAGACCCGAGCUCCGUUUUGUC